AUGUCUUCUAAUAGCGUAGAGGACGCGCAAGCUGCUGCCUUUAUCGCCUGGAUUUCCACUUUCAACCUUAGUAGACCGGUUUCGUCUCUCUCGGAUCUCAAUGAUGGGUCGGCCCUCUUCGACGUCCUUACUGUCGUCGACCCAGAAUACUUUGCACGACCGGUUACAAGCUCUUCGUCGAGUGCUUUGCAACAGCCCGAUAACUGGCCACUCCGAUUCACAUCUCUGAAGCGCCUAUUUCGUCUCAUUACUCAGUACUUUGUCGAAGUCCUCCAUCAGUCCACCUCUACGGUCAAGUCAUUGGAUGUCCCGGAUCUUCAGAAGAUUGCCAGAGAAGGAGAUGCAAAGGAAACUCUCGUGCUGUGCCGACUAUGCAUUGCUAUCGCAGUCAUGAGUAAGCACAAUGCAGAGACGAUUGGUGGGAUCCAGAGUCUCAAAGAGGUUCAUCAACAAAGACUUAUGGAAGCUAUUGCUCUCGUAAUGUCAAAACUAGAACCUGUCCCUAAUGAUGAUGCGGGUGACACGACCCAUAUGACCGAAGACGAUCACUAUUAUGAAAUGCAUCUCGAGAGGUCGAGAGUGCUGUUUGACAAGGAUACCGUCGAAAAGGCUUAUAAUACCCUCGUGGAGGAACAUCAAAACCUCCAAAGCAAUUAUGAAGAUGCGAUUGCGGAGAAAGCAGAGCUAGUUGCUCAGCUGAACCAAGCCAGGCGUGAGGUUGAAUCGAUGCAAGGAGAGAACAUCUCCAGCAAGGGUGAUGUGAUGAAACGUGCUGAAAUUGAUCGCCUGAGAACAGAGCUGCAGAAGAGCGAGGACAAUCUCAAUGCUGCCGAAGCAGAGGCUGAAAGACAAGCUGCUAUUAUAGCAGACCUUAACAAAAAAAACGACGAGCUACAGGCCCAAGCAGACGAAGCAGACCACCUCAAGGACAAGCUAGACGAAUUUAAACACGCUGCCGAGAAACUAUCCAAAAUGGAGAAUGUCAUGGAAAAGUACAAGAAGAAGCUCGAGGAAAGUGCGGACCUACGCCGCAAGGUCAAGAGUCUGGAAGAACAAAAUGCGCGACUUGUGGAUACUAAUGCUCAACUGGAUGCAGAGUUUAGCAAGGUUGCAUCUUUCAAGCCUCUGGUAGACUCAUACAAGACCCAGCUCGGAGAGCUUGAAAAUAAGGCUGCUUCAAGAGCGAAAGAAGUUGAGUCUCUGAAGUGGGAACUCGAGCAAACAAAGGGGAAACUCAAGCAAGCAAUGGAGCAGCAAGCGAAAGAUGCAGAGGCUAUAGAGCUAUAUCAGGACAGAGUCAAAGAGCUCGAACUCGGCGCGACACCGAAUAGGCCCAACUUCAAAGGCGGUGUGCGUGAUUCUAUCGUACUGGGUACAGGUGGAUUGGAAGAUGAGCUUCGCGGACUUGGAGGAGAGCUCGACGAUGCACUCUCGGGAACCACGACCACCGAUCUCAAACUACAAGUGCGCAAGCUAGAGAAGGAACUUGAAGAACUCAGAGGCGCCAAAGGCAAAGAGGAAGAGUCCAAGAUACUCGUCUUGGAAAGUCUGCUUGAGGACGCCAAACGCUUGAAAGGGAGGUACGAAGCCGAUUAUCUUAAGGAACAUCGAGAGAAACUCGUUCUGCUGAGCGAGAUGGAGGAAAUCCGUGCAGGCCGAGGCGAUGGUGGCGAAGCAGCGAUCGCUUUGCGACAAAGACUCAACGAAACUGUCGAGGAGCUCGACGCCCUCAAGAAGGAGCAUACUGAAUUGGAGGUCAAGUUUGAGCGUGCAAACCGAGACUUGACCAUUGCCAAAUCAGACUUGAACUUGGUCAACAAGGACCAAGUCGAGAUUCUUCAUUCUCUUCGAGAAACCCUUAACCAAGACAAGGAGGCGUUGGAAGCCGAAAUCGCAUCUCUCCGAAAUCAACUAUCAGAGGUAUCGGAUAAGAACAAGAUGCAUCUAGAACAAGUCAAUACCCUCCUUAUGGAAAAGGUUUCUAUGCAAACGGAUGGACUGGGUCAACGCGAACGAAUGCUGGAAAGGGAAAGAGAAUUAGGAGAUCUACGCAUGGUCCUUGCGGGCAAGGAUAUACCGGAGGACGUCAAAGCGAAGAUGAUGGCACUUCAUGAGGACGCGGAGAGUGUCAAGGAACAACUCAAGGUUGCCAACGACAAAUUGGCCAAGGCAAGACAAUUCAUCAAGUCACAGGACAAAUUAUUCCGCGAAGAACACGCCAAGGCCUUGAACAAUCUUGCGGGGGGCCAAUUUGACGAAGCAGAGGAGAGCUUCCGGUCACAAAUAAAGAUCCUGGAGGAAGAAAUAACAAGAUUAAAGCGUCUGAUGGCGGAAGCAGAGUUACGCUAUCGCCGAGAGCAGGAGCUUAUGCUUGGUCAUAUCCAUGCACAAGGUAUGGCAAUUACAAAGCAGCAUCUGGCGGCACAGCAAAAGGGAGCUGGUGGCGGUGGUCCGAGCAGCUGGCUCGGCCAGCAGAGGAAGAACCUUGGGCAAUCACUCCGGCGGUAG